CAUUGAUUUGCUUCUCUCACCAAAACCUCCUUCUCCCCGCGAGGUCUGAAACGAUGCUAGUAACAUGGCCCUCGACCAACCUUUCAGGGUUAGUGAGGCCAAUCUAUUGCAUGAUUCCUGAACCACGCGGUGUGUGUCUCCAUGGCUUAUGUACGGAGUACGGAGUGAUGACUUUGGCGAAUCUGCAUCUCGUUGUUGAUCCUCGUCUUUCUUCUUGCCUUGACCUCCUCGCCAGACCCGUGUUCGCUUGUGAUCUCAAGACAUACGAGUACUGUUUGUACAAGAACGAUCUGCAGUCCGAGCACGACUUCACAUCUCGGCCCGCUCUCUGCUACUGACUCGAGUCACGUCAAUUUCCCUUGGCCUCGCUUGCGGUGCUGUACGUACCUUGCUGUAUCGUGCUCCUCCUCAUUGCCCUUGUGGCUUGUGACGCGACUGCGAACUCUGAAUUCCUUCGUUUCCACCCGCGGCAGAUCAUACUCAAGUCCUCACACGCAGAGAAUUGUCGAGGCAAGCCUACUUCCAACGUCGACCCAGGGGCUUUGCAGAACUUCCAUCAUCCUCCACCACCUUCAUCUGGAAGAACGGUCCGUCCUAGCACAUCGAAAAGAGCACGGAUACGAGAAUUACGAACAUUUGGAGGUCUGCAGCAGCAGCAGUCGAGGGAAAAGCAAUGGUGCUGCUUCAAAGAUGAACAAGAGGUGGAAAGCCAUACGCUGUGUUUGGACAGGAACACCAUCAGCUUGUUGUACCUGAUAUCCUGUUCCAGCUGGGAAGGAUCUCAGAAGUAGACUUAUCUGAGACAUGUCAAUCGACAAAGCUAACCAUGGCGGCGAGACGCUCGUGCGUCCACCUACCCAUCCGGUUCCGCAGCUUCAGAAGCCAUUUGAAGAAUCAAUGGUCGAAUCGGUUGAUGACCAGGCCGAUCAAGAAGUGCCCAUGGAUGCCAUGGCCAGAAGGACCAUACUGCUCGAAGGAACAAGGUACGAAAGAGUGAUUGCAGGAAGAUGGAGGCAGAAACCAGGAGAAAAAUACCAUCCACUUUGGAAAUUGGUUGCGCAAAUGUCCUUCGGGAUGCACUUGUUGGCCGAAAACAUGGCUAUAUCUGAAGAAGAAGUCAUGCGCAUUCUGCAGUCUCACGUCGACGAUAUCGACGGCUUUCUAGAGCGGACGACGGAAGAUUUCGAUCUCGCCCAGAGCGACAUCCAUGAGCGGAUACGAUGUCUUAAAUUGCCCCUAUCCCACGGAGAGGUCUUUGAUCGUAUGUUGGAGGACCGUGUAUUUCGAGCCUCAAUUCUGGACGGAAAUGAGAAGAUCGACCAUGUAAUCAGCCGGACGAAGAGAGCAGCAAAGGAUGCGCUCAAAGACGUACAGAAAGGGUUCGAUGCUACAAAUGUUCUGGAGAAAUAUCUUACGAAACUUAACUCAGCCUGGACAAGGGAAUCACCAGAGCACGAAGCUGUUCUUGUUGCCAUGCUCGGCAAUGCAGAGGGUUGGCGGCGUGCGUUUCUCGAAUUGCACCUGCAGGGCAACAAAUUGACAGGUUCGUUGAAGAAAUUGGCAGAGGUCGUCGCAGAGAUGGAACGUAGAGCAGCCAUUGUGAGCCGCAAUCAGGUGGCACGAGCUCAAAAAUCGAGACAUAUUAGUGCCCAGAAGAGCAAUCAUGCCAAUUCGCAGGGUGGCUCAAUCGCUAGCCAGAAGCCGUUGCCGAUUGAGCCUGGGCGUCAUCAUAGGUCGAAGAACUCAUCUCACAGCACUCAGAUGUCUGGACUUUCAAGUCGACCUGAUAGUCGCCACGAUUCUAGUCGAGGAGCCACCUCGCAUUCCUCUCUCGGGCCUGGAUCGCGUCCUUCAACGGCCUCGAAAAGGCCUGCCAAACAAGACCUUCAAUCCCUCCCUCCUGCGAUCAGCUCCAAAGGUCCCAACAAGUCCCGUGCGGCGAAUGAUAACGAUAUCGAACGCAGCUUGAAUGGGUAUCUUAAGCAAGCAGGUGACCUCCACCCGAUCGAGCUCCCAGCAGAUGUUCCUGAGAAUGUGCUUCGGCAAGCUCCUGUGUCAAUCAAGAACCGUCUGAGUAUCACCCUCGGCCUUAAACCCAAAGAUAAUUCAGACCAUCGAAUAUCUAGUAUCUAUUACCCUAGGGCGUUGGGCGACCUCCUGAAGACUCGGCCAAUGUCUGGCUUGUUAUUAACACCGCGAUCGAUGGCAGCAAAAGGCACAGCCGUGCAUGCAGUCAGCUCUCCAACAGCUAUGUCUCAUGCUGAGACGGAUUACUAUAGUUCAUAUGAGAGGAGUCCUUCGAUUGGAGUUGUCACUCCAGAUAAUAGCAGCCGGAAGGAAAUGAAUUCUACCAAGACCUCUCCACGAGUCACGAGAUCUUCAACCCUUGGGUCGAUCGUGGUAUCAGCCUCAGGAACGCGCCGCUCAUCGACUCCAAACCCGGCCUUCACUUCACAUUCAGCUGUAAUGGCAAUGGCCACCCCUCCAUCAGAGCUGCCCACCGAAUCGCCACGAGAAGAGAGCACUGCAGCAUCAGAGGCCCGGAAACUUUCACAGUCCCAGCCCUCAAGUUUGGGUGAACCCGGCCCUGAGUUGCCAGAAGGCGCAACCAACAGGACAAGGUCAACUUCGGACCCUAUAUUGCUUGUCAAUACCUGUGUUGUGACUGUCUCGGUUCAGCCGGCCUCUGCCGAAGAAGAGACGUUCGCUGCCGCCGGGCAGAAGGCUGUAGAUACUACAUCUUCGAAAGAGGAAUCACCCGCUAACAAGGCCGAUGCCCAAACCGUCACUGAAACCUCUGAUAUAGCAGAUCAAGCCGAUGUCAAUACGAAGAUGGCACAGACGACAAGAAAUGAGGUGGAAAAAGCUGGUGGUGUACAGGUGGUCCCAGCAGCAGAUUCACCCAAAAAGACAGAAACCACACAGAGACAAUUUGUGGCUGAACUGGAGGCUCCAGUCCCAGUAUCCCAUGGUCCAACUGCCCAUAAAGAGUUUGGCCCUGCUGAGCUGGAAGCACCGCAGCGAACUUUCAGACUCCCUCCGAGGCCAACUGCAACUGUGACGAACCCUGAGAAAGAAGUCCCCCGAGCCAGCAUCCACAAUUUAGACGACUUCUUCAAGCUCCCUAGUAAGAUGACACUCAGACCAGGGAUGAAGCCAAUGGACUUUGACGAGGCGGAUGGCCAGGAACCGAUUCGCCCUUUGAAGUUGGAGCUGGCGAAGAGAGACGGGAAAAUCGUGCCUGUACAGGUCAAGGACAACAGAUCAGGUCAUGGUACGGACAAUUCUGCCUCGACUCUCAGGCUCAUGGCUGUUGCCGACAUUAUUAAGACAGUGUCCCACACGCCCCCGGGUUCGCCCAUCCACGCCAGGUCUAAUUCCUGGGCAUCGACGAAUUCAGCACAGCGGUGGUCGCACCGGUCUUCGCGAUCCCUGGGGCCACCGGCGCAAGCACGACCGCCUCCGGGGCCCGGUGGCCGACCAAUGGUCAACCCGGAUUUUGCAAGUGCCGGGCAAUUCGAGGGUGAGCGUAAGCAGAGAAAGAAAAGCACCCUUGGGAGCAAGAGUGGUUGGAAGACAUUCUUCAGCGGCGGUGGUCCCGCAGGCGUUGAACGACCCAGCCUGUCGAUCACAACCAGCCAACCGACGGUCGAGGCUCCUCCUGCCAUCAAACCUCGACCGAGUUCUGAGGCCGUUGCUCGAGCACCUGACAUGCUUGCUGCAACAGCAGCAGGAGGCAAGGAGGUGCCCUGGUUCAAAGGGAACAUGAAGCGGAAAAAGAGAAAAGGGAAUUCGUUGGCCUAAGGACACAUGCUUUUGUAGUAUUUCCUUCUGUUUUGAGAGACCUUGGAGAUGUUAUGAUAUAUACCUUUGCACUAUCAGUGUAGUAUAAUAGAGACCUACCU